GCACGCCGGCUAGCUGUCAUAACACAACAUUUUAUAUUAAAUAUUGGUGUUGUUUAAGCCGUGAAUUUAAUUCACAAAAAAUAUAUUUCACAAUAAUGAGUGCUAAAGCAGAGUCUGUCCCUAGCGAUGACCCAAACGCUUACUGCCGGCUUUGUUUUUCUGGUCGCAAUUUGGUUGCUCUACUGAGCUAUGACGAAGAACGUCGUCAGUAUUUCUUAGAUGAAAUAACAAAUUGCACUGGUAUCAAGUUCGAAGCAGUUGAAAGUCAACCCUGUUCAAUUUGCUGGAAAUGUGCUGUGGCUGUGGAAGAUUAUCAGUUGUUCCGGAAACGGUGCUUAGCAAACGAUGUCAUCAUUCGAAGCAAGUACCCCAGUUCAACCACAACAGUUAAGCAUGGUACAGAUGAGUGGCUCAUAUCAAUACCUGCUUCGGAGCUUCCUUCAGAUUUGAACGACGAGGAAAGCAUGGAUGAGCCACUGGUUGAACCAAUGACCAAAAGGAAAACAAGAUCGAAAACUAAUCGUGGCAAGUUUAGCAGUAAAAAGAUGGAUGAGCUGAAUAAAGGUGAAUCGCAAUCGACAAAGUCCACUACAUGUCAAUUAUGCAAACAUGACUUCGUCUCACGACAAUCGCUAUAUGCCCAUUUCAAGGAGCAGCAUUCAGAACGCGGUCGACCUCACAAGUGCCAUUUGUGCGAAGCGACUUUCAAAAGAAAAAGCCAUCUAACGGAUCAUGUGUCGUCUCACACCGGGGAGGUAAGCUAUGCUUGUGAAGACUGUGGCACAAAAUAUUCGAAAGCAAAGUCGCUUAGCCGUCAUCGUAGAGCGUGUCAUAUGGAACGUCCAUCGAAUACAAAACCAGCAAACCGGCAGCCGCUUUCUACAGAUGGACAGUACAAAUGCAACUACUGCCCAAAAACGUUCAAACACAGGCCUUCGCUGAACUUCCACAUCAAGACCCAUAACGAAGUGUUGCCCUUCGUGUGUAUUCUGUGCGAUACUCGAUUUGCCACUAAGAAAGGAAUGUUAGUUCAUAGAGGCAAGUAUCAUCCAACCCCGAUGGAUGCCUUCAAGCCAAUUACGCCAUCGUCUCUAGAGCCCAAGAAAAGUCUCCAGUGCUCGUUUUGUGAUCGUUCUUUCGAUCAGCGGAAUUAUUUGACGCAGCACCUGAAAUUUAUGCACCCAAACGAGUUUGUUGAUAUGAAUGAGAAGGAAGAAUCAGAGGAAGCUAGACAAGAGACACAAGGGGACACUGAAGGACAGCAUGAAGUUAAUGUUGAGGAGGCAGAUGUGGCCAUAAAGGUUGAAGUAGAGGAGAACGAUCCAAUUUGUGAUGAUUCUUAUAAUGAAAAUGUAUCUGAAAUGUUGUAAAUAUGUCUGAGACGAAUAUUUAUGAAACAAAAAUAUAAAUAAAAACAAAAUAAAAUUGAA